CCGUCCGUCCCGCCGCGCUCGGGCCCGGGGCAGCGGGACCGGGACCGGGCCGGGCCAUGGCCCCGCACCCGCCCAGCGCCGGGCAGUACCUGCGCUCCGACAGCGGCGGCUCCGACACGCCUAUGCUGGCCGAGGGUCCCGCUGCCGGGCCCGUUCCCGGUGACUGUCCCGGUCCCGGUGCCGGUCCGGACGGCGGCCCCGGUGCGGCGCGGGGGCAGCGGCGGCGGCGAUGCGGGCCGCUGUGGGGUAGCGUGGCCGUCAUGGCUAUCCUGGCGCUGCAGAUCGCCUCCACUACCGGCCUCUUCGUCUACUUCACCAUGGCCAUCUCCAAGCUGAAAUCCCAGGCUCUGGGCAAUGUGGAGGAGCUGCGGUGUCUGCAGGUGCUCAAUCAGCAGCCUGAGGGCUCCAGCCUGGAGAAGCUGAGCAGCAGCCAGGGCUGCCUCAAGCUGGCCAGCACCAUCAAAGCCUAUGUGGCCACGGUGACCGAGGACAUCAUCCGCAGGAGCAUGGUGAAGGAGGCCUGGCGGAGCUACUUCAACACCUCGGAGGGGCAACUUCCUCCCAAAAUAGCUGGGAAACCCUCAGCACAUCUCACCCUCCGCCCACAGAACCUGGCUCAGGAUGGACGCUCCCAGCGCUCCGGGAAUCUCUCCCAGUCGUGCCGCCACGCCAUCACGCACUGGGGGCACAGCAGCCUCCUCUCCCACGUGCAGAACAUGACGUACCGGGCCGGGCGGCUGCGCGUGGAGCAGCCAGGCAAGUACUACGUGUACUCACAGAUCUACUUCCGCUACCGUGGUGCCGGCCGCGACUCGGGCCCUCAGCUCGUGCAGUGCAUCCAGUGGCAGCCGGCCCACAGCCCGCCCGUGCUGCUGCUCAAGGGCGUGGGCACCAAGUGCUGGGCGCCCGAGGCUGACUACGGGCUCCACGCGCUCUACCAGGGGGGACUCUUUGAGCUCAAGGCUGGGGACGAGCUCUUCGUCUCCGUCUCCUCCUUGGCCAUCGACUCCAGUGACGCAGCAGCCAGUUACUUUGGGGCCUUUCGGCUCGACCUGUGACACCCCCUCCGCUCCCACCUGGCCCCUGGACAGCGGCCAAUGGCCCGGGGUGGCGCAGGGCUCUUAUGGCUGCCUUGUCCUUUGUGGUGAGGGAUGAGCCAAGAAGGGCACAGGGGUGGCUGCCCACAGGGCCCUGCUGUGCUCCGUGCCACCCUCCACGUGGGAGGCAGCUGUGAACCAGGAAGGGUCUCCGAGGGCCUACAGGGGACAUGCACGAGGAGGGACAUCCUAGCCCUGGUGGCACAGAACCUCCCAACGGCUCCCUGCAGCAGGAAAGGCACCAGGGCCACACCUGCCACUGCAAGACAGCGUGUCCCCAUGGCAGGGUGAAACCCAUGAGUCUGACCCCACCUUGAGCAGGGCUGUGGGUGCCAGGACCUGGGGCUGGAAGCACCCUGGGACACAGGGCUGGCACCCCUGGGGCACACGUUGUGGGGAUGGGUGCAGUGUCCGCCUCUGGAAGGGAAUGAAGGCGUUUCAGUUUGGGAGAUGAAAGCCUGGGACAACAGCACCGGUAGUUGCAGGGAGGGCAAAGGGCAGGACCGUGACACCGCAGCAGUCACCAGUCCUGGCACCACACCCAGCACGUGGCACUGGGGCACGUGGUGACUGAGCCAGGCUGCACAGGACCAGGAGCUCAGCAUGGCUGCUGACGCAGCACCUCUUCCCGUGUGGAUUUUGUCCCGCCCAGCCCUCAUGGACAGCACAGUCCCCACUUCCUCACACCUCCAGCCCUGGCAAUCCCUGCAGGAUUCCAGCUCUGGGAGAGCCCCAUGGUCACAGCAAGACCUUGGAGGGACCAAACCAGCCCUUGGGUGAUGUGAUGGAGCCACUCCAGAGGCCAAAGGUGGGUUCAGGCAGGGCAGAGCAGGGCCCAGCUGGCUCAGCCCAUGGACACUGGGUGGGCACAGCCCCCUUUUCCAACUCUCCCUGUACUCUCUGUAUCCUACUAAGCCUGGGGGGAUUUACACAGUGGCAGCCUGGGCUGCCACAGGCAUGGGGCUCCCAGGGAGGAUGGAAUAAAGCCUUGUACUCCAGCACAGGUCUGGCCCCUUUGAACCAGGGUGGGCCUGGACAGGGUGGGCCUGGAGCCAGGUGGAGCAGGGCUGGGCCACUGCCAGAGCCCAGCAAAGUCUCCUGCUCAUCCUGCACCCACAGCACCUCCAGGGGCUCUGCAGCUGCCAGCCCCCAUGGGCACCCAAGGUAGUCCCAAGGGGAUGUGUUCCUGCUUCUCAGCCCAGAGCCUUCAUUCCCAUUGGGCUCAGCUCCUGCAGAGACCCCAUGAGAUCUGAGCCCAUCCCAGCUCCUCCCCUGCACCCAUCAGCUCCCAGGGGGUCCCAGUGCUCCUCCUCUUUGAGUUUGGGAUUGCUAAGCCCAGCCCAGGACACAGCCAGUCCUGACUCUUGGCCCUCCACAUCCAGCCAGGGCUGGGGGCUGAGCCAGGCAGUUCCCACAUCACCCCCACCCCCAGCUGCUGGGCAUUCCCACUCUCCAGCCCCCAUCCCCUGCAGGCUCCCAAUCCAGGGGGGUUGGUACAACCCCCACAGGACACGGUGCCACCCUGGCACCUGCACACAAGCAGCUGGACCGGCCCCAAUGCAAGGGAAGAUUCCCCAGCUCAUCCAGAAUCUCCAAAAGCUCAUCCAAAGCCAGAGAGCACCAAGAGCCGCCUCCUGCAGCCUCCAGGGGGGUGACAGGGCUGAUCCCUCCAUGGCAGGGCUGCAGUCCCAUUUCCCCAGCAGGGCUGAAGCAGGGAGCUGGGGCUACAGGAAACGCAGCAGGUGGUUCCAAGAUUUCCUUUGAAAGGGAGUUGAACAUGGACAUGGCCCAACGGGGCCAGCAGAGGCUGUGGUUGCCAUGGAGGAAGCAGGGAAAGCAGUGAGUGGGGAGAGCCGGGCUCGGCACCAGCGGGCAAUGGCCCACCCUGCUUUCCUGGAAAGGAGAAGGCUCAUGGGUGGGUGGAUGGGAGAAGGAGAACUCCAGCAGCAUCAGGGCAAAGGGCAGCCUCACCCUGUCUGGGGAGAGCCCAGCCGGAAUUCCUCACUGAGAGGAACUGGCACAGGUUACCCCGAGAGCUUCAGCCCAUGUGGCCCCUCUGCCUCCUCCAUGGUCCUCCCUGUCCCAGUGCUUCCAGCAGAAGGGCUGGACACCCCCAGCCUGGCCAGGGCUGGGCUCCCACCUGGACAAGUGGAUUGGCCACCAGCAGGAGAACCCAGCAGCAUGAAAACCCAGCCUCCAUAAAAACUGCCUGAGGCACCUGUGCCAACAGUACCUGUCCCAGGAUGUGCUCCAGGAAAGAAAGAACCAAGUGUGGAAAGACCUGGAUGAGGACACACCACUUUUCUCUGACUAAGGAAACAAAAUCUGCUGUGCAAAUGGAGCAAAGUACUGAAGAUUUCUCAUACAACUUUUCUGUUGUUGUUAAAAUUGUUUAUUAGAAAUUACAACUCACUAUUUUAACGUG